UUACGAAAUCCGAUUGCAAUCGGGCAUAUAAAGAGUUAGACUGUAACUCUGAUCAGGCAGUAACGCCCGAGCAUCAACGAAGCACAUAAUCAGAUUGGUCAUAAAGCAGAUCCUAAAGAUGUCAGAAGAAGCAAAAGAUGGGACUCCAAUGUCACUAGCCCAAACAGGUUUGUUCGACUUCCGGCACAAGUAUGGAAAAUUCGUCAACGUCAUUCUUAGAAACUAUGACAGAAAAACAAAGGAGGAUAUACUGAAAGCCUUAAAGGAACUGAAAUCCCAGGCAAACGCCAUGAAUGGAAGAACACGCAUCCUUGUGGCUUUCAAUCCUGAACUCUGGAAGAAAUGGGGAUGCAAGGCCGACUUAGAAAUGAGAUCCGGUGAGCAAUACCUUACCAAGAACUCGAAGAAGUUUGUUUCUACCCCAGGUGAUGUUUUCUUCUACAUAAAAUCGGAUGAACUUGACUGUGCUAAUCAGAUGCUGAAUCGUCUGAAGGACAAACUACCUACUAGGAUAGCUAAGAGCUUACAUGUCACAGAGUCUGUGGAACAUGGAAACACUAAAAUUCUUGGUGGACUAUUCAGGGAGGGUCUCAGAAACUUUUCAGAUCCUGUAUCUACUAGUGCACACAUUUUAGUAAGCAGUGACAAUAAUGGAAUACCUGGGGGAACAUAUAUGAUGACACAGAAAUUUGAAAUCAACUGGGAGGUCCUUGGAUCAAAGACUAUAGCACAGAAAGAAGAUAUGGUAGGUAGAAAAGUUCACACAAAUAUCAUCAUACCUAAUGAUUACGAAAGACGACAUAUCAACAGAGCUCAUUUUGUAGACAAGUUCCCUCCACCAUGCAAUGUUCUGAAAGGAUUUCGGAGAGUUUUCAGGCAGUCCAUGCCUUACGGCAAAUCUGACACAGGUAACGGACGAGAACAGGGCUUGUUCUACUUAUCCAUAACAAAGUCCACAAAUACGUUUGUAGAACUGUUGGAAAAUCUAGCUGGAGUGCAGGCAAACUCCCCCAAUGGUGAGAUUACAGUUGAUGAGCUAAUCAGCUGCUUUGCUCCUAUUGAGGGGACAUUCUGGUAUGUACCAAAUAAGGAGGAACUGGAAAUUAAUGAUGAAGGAGUAUGCACAGUUGACCUUGAUCCUCACUGGGAUGUAAGAAGUAAAAAUGGCUUAAUGUUCUACAACCAGACAGAUUACAUGCAUGUCAUGGGAACUGGGCAGUACUCAGAGAAUGACCCACCAUCAGAGAGAGUCCUUCGUCUUUUGGGCUAUGCUUUUGAGCAAUGGAAUCACCAGUGGUUCAAACAACAGACUCCCCCUGAAAUACCUUCGCUGGCAGACACACUGAAAUUAAGUGAACAGUCACAUCUAAAUGACUCCAUUCCACUAAGGAAAGGUCUUGCCAUUAAGAAAACCCUUGGAGAAGUAUGCACCACUAGCAAUAUGAAGACUGAUCCAAACAAAUUCUAUGGCUGGAAGGCAGAUCUUUUCAAUAUUCACCCUGAUGAAAUUAUUGUUGGGAGAAUGCCAAGGUUCUCCCUUGGUCUUGGAAGAGUUGUCAUGCCUUACCUAAGCGAAAAGGAAAGGUUAGGAGCUUUUCUGACAGGACUCAGUGAAGACUCUGGAGUAGGACAUGUAACUCCUAAACAUCAAAAGGUUUUAACAUUAGGCCUUGAUGGUUUAAUUGCAGAUAUUUUUGUAAGACUAAAAUCAAAGGGACUUACACAGACACAAAAAGAGUUCUAUCAGUCUACAAUCCUUGCAUUGGAAGGGGUCCAAAUGUACAUGGAAAAUUACAGCAUACUUGCUGCUCAUUUAUCUACACUCCAAUCUGAAUAUUCAGAAGAACAGAGGGAAAAUUUAAGGACAAUCUCACAGCGGAUGAAAAAGCUGGCUCAUAAGCCUGCCGAUACCCUUGUUGAAGCAGUACAGAUGGUAUUUACAAUCCAUUCAUGCUUACAUCUCACUGGCGAGCCUGUAGCUGUUGGCAGAUUUGACCAGUACUUAGAGCAAUAUCAGAAUACAUGUUCUUCAGAUGAGGCACAAGAUAUUAUAGACUGCUUCUGGAUCAAAUUAAGUGAAAGAGUAAUACUGAACCGCCAUCUUGUAGUGGAUCAGACAAAAUGGGGUAGCUGUGCAGUCCCAUAUGCUACCAAUGGUAUGUUUCCAAAUGGUGAUUCUAUUAAUCAGUGGGUUCAGCAACUGACUGUAGGGGGGUACAAGGCCACAGAUGAUGAUAAUCCUAUUCCAGGAUCAAACAAAAUAACUAUGUACUGUCUAAAAGCAGCACGCCGACUUCCUCUGAAUGCCCCAUGUUUAUCUUUACGUCUGCAUAAAGGAAUAUCAGCAGAUCUAAUUGUGGAGGCUGCAAAAGCAUUAUUAAGUGGAGGUGCUCACCCAAUUCUACCCCAUGAUGACAGACUAUGCCCUGGGCUCCUGAAAUCUGGUUCACAUCAGAAAAACCCAGUUUCUCUGGCAGAAUCUAGAGACUAUGCUUGUGAUGGUUGCUAUGAGCCAAUGGUUGAUGGAAAAUCCGAGUUUGCAUUUGCUUAUGUACCUCUUCCCCAGAUUAUUGAGUUAACUAUGAAUCAAGGCUCUCUGUAUAUACAAUCUGGUCCAAACUUCCUUCAAGGAACAGCUGCAUCUGUACCAACACCUCACCCAGAUAAUAUCAAAACAUUCGACAGAUUUAAAGAGAUCUUCAAAAAACAUCUCCGUGUGCAAGUUGAGAAGAACAUGUAUGGUGUACUGAUUAACUAUGGGAACAUCUGGAAAUAUUGUCCUACGCCACUUUUAUCUUCAGUUAUUGAAGGAUGCUUAGAAAGUGGACGGGACCACUACAAUGCAGGUGCUAAGUAUCACAUAAUGAGCUGCAUGUUUGUUGGAUUUUCCACUUGUAUUGACUCACUGUAUGCCAUCAAGAAAAUGUGUUAUGAUGAAGCUUCAGCUACUACACACCUAAGUCAACUACUUGAAUGCCUCAAGUGUGACUGGGGUUUCCAAAUGCAAGAACCAUUUGUGGAUAAUAUAGUAGGCCCAAUCAGAACAAAGGAAAAAAAGGAUCAUUUUGAAAUAUUGCGCAAUCAAGCUUUACUGUUAGAUAAAUUUGGUACAGAAAAGGGUGCUGAAAAUGAAGAAAUACAGAACUUAGUAGCCUGGUUGUCUGACCUCAUCAUCCAAACUUUCAACGAGGUUGUUUACAAUGAAGACACAAAUACGCCUUUGCAGGGUUUGAUUCAAGAUCUUGAAAAGAGGUAUUCAAUCCCAGGAGUCCCUUUUGAAUUUUUAUUCACCCCUGGCAGUGGUACAUUUGAAGGAUAUGUAGGAUGGGGCCUAGCUUGUGGAGCUUCAGCUGAUGGACGAAGAGAAGGAAUGCCAAUAGCCUCUGACUUCAGUGCUGUUCCUGCUCCUCAGGACUUAAACCCAAAUCCACCACACUGCAACAUUUUCAAGUCUAUGAAAAACUGGGACUACCCUGCUAUUAAUGAUGGUUUUAGCUGUGGUGCUGAAAUAGAUCUGAAUGUUUCUGAAGACUUUUCCCUAGAUGACUUAGUCAAGUUGAUAUACAUGUUCUCCAAGCAAGAAGGUCAUAUUGGAGGAAACCUUCUCACAGUGACAUGCGCCGAUGAAUCCACUUACAAGAAAGCCACUGAAAUGCCAGAAAAAUACGGACUUGUCCGGGUACGGAUGGGAGGAUGGAGCGAAUUCUUCAAUACUAUGUUCAGUGCUCACCAAGAGCAGCACAUGAGGCGAGUUUAUUACGAGGCAAAGUGAGAAGCUGGCGCCAUCAACGUGGUACACCCAAGUUCCCAAUACACAAGCGAACUCAAUUAGUGUUAUCUUAACUUUCUAUAGGCGUCAUGGAAGUUAUUGAUACGCAUAAGUUCUACGAGUGACCCACGAAGUUAUCAAUACGGUACACUGAAGUUCGAAGUGUGACACUAAAUUUCAAUUAUUUUAUGCUUAAUUCCACGAAAGGCCCACUGAAAAUCCUUGAAGUUCUAUCCGUACAGUAGACUAAUGAAAUGGGACCUCUAAAAUAAUUCUGAAUAGUAAGGAAGGUCCCAUCAGUUACUUUAAAUUUAUCCUUUCUGCACAUCAUGACUUUUACUAUCGUUUGGCUCACGGUCUACGCCAACCUACAGAAAUGUUUUGCUUUCAAGAUACAGAUUACCUUACUACCAACAGUAUAAUACAACUAUACUUAAUCCUGUCUGUUUGAUGUACAAAUAAUCUUAGGUGUAAGAUGAUUCCUAAUUUAAUAAUCUUAGGUGUAAGAUGAUUCCUAAUUUAAUCACAUUACCAUUAUGCAAAAUUUAGUAUCUGAAUCAAUCAGGCACGAAAUGUAUCACUCACUCACGAUGUAAAUAUAGAAAACUUCAUAAA